AUGACCAGUAAAAUUGCACGAGCACUGCUGGACAGAAAUACUUUUUCUUAUACAGCUGUUCCAUUAAAAACUGAUCGCAGUCGAAAAUAUCUCAAAAAUGAUUAUUCUGACAGUGUUAAAUAUUGUAAGAAUCUCCUGUCUGACACUGAAUCUGAUGAAGAAAUUCUGUUUGAUAUGCAGUAUACAGAUGAGAAUGAAAAUGGGAAUAAUGAUGAAGCAGAAGGCCAAACUUAUACUGUAGAAGACGCAGUAGAGGCUAUAGGAUUAGGAUGGUUUCAAAUGCGUCUGUAUGUUGUCUGUGGCAUUAUUACAGCAGCGGAUGCCUUAGAGAUGUUACUCCUAGCUGUUUUGUCACCAGUCGUAAGAUGUGUCUGGGGUUUAAAAGAUUAUGAAGUCGCCAUUAUCACAACUAUUGUGUUUACUGGAAUGGGGUUAAUGGCACCAUUAUGGGGAUUUAUUGGGGAUCGAUAUGGCAGAAAAAAGGCAUUGUUAAUGAUAGUAUUUUGGAUUGCUUAUUUUGGGUUAUUAACAGCUGCUACACCAAACUACACCUGGUUAUUAAUAUUACGAGGGUUGGUUGGUGGAGGGAUGGCUGGGUCACCUCAAAGUUUUGCCUUACUAGCAGAAUAUUUACCAUCAAAUCAUAGAGCUAAAGUUUUAAUUAUGGGCCAGACUGUACCAGAGUCUGCUAGAUAUUUAAUGGCAGCAGGUCAAACAGAAGAGGCUACUAAAGUUUUAGAAAAAAUUGCAAAAGAAAACAAAACUUCCUUACCUAAAGGACAUCUUGUGAAAUCACCAGAAGUUCAAUUAGGAAGAUUCUCUGAUAUAUUUUCACCCGAUUAUUUACGUACUACAUUACACCUAUGGUUAUUAUGGUUCUGUGCAGCGUUUACGUAUUAUGGAAUGGUACUAGCUAGUGCUGAAUUACUAAGAAAUGAAACUAAAGGUUCUACAAAAUGUAAAUGUGCCUUAUUAACUCAUGAUGAUUAUAUUACUAUGAUUAUUUCUACAUUAGGGGAAUUUUUAUGCUUGCCAAUAAAUAUGAUAUUAAUAGAUAAAUGUGGUAGAAAAGUAACUGGUAUGGUCAACAUGUGUGGUUCAGGUUUAUUUUUUGUGUUAAUGCAAAUACAUACUAAAAGAUGGAUUUUAACAUGUAUUAUGUUUGCUGUGCGUGGUUUUGCUUCAGCCACUUUCUCUUGGGUUUAUAUUUAUACAUCUGAGGUGUAUCCUACGUCAGUGAGAACAUUAGGAAUGGGAACAUCAUCAUCAUGGGCUAGAGUUGGUGCUAUGAUUACACCUUUUGUUGCUCAGGUAUUAUUACAACAUUCGGUAGUAGAUGCUACAUGGGUUUAUGGUUGUGUGUGUUUUUUCUGUGGUAUAUCAGCCUUAUUUUUACCUAUUGAAACUAAAGGUCGUGGUUUACCUCAAUCAGUAUCAUUUGAAGUGAAUAAAAAUGGUGGUAUAUCAGAACUAGAUUCCGAUAUUGAAGAAAAAUCUAAAGAAAGGUGA